CCAUAUUCGCUCCCGCCGGCGGCCCCGCGGCGCGCUCCACCAUGAGCACCGCCGCCUUCCACAUCUCCAGCCUCCUGGAGAAGAUGACGUCCAGCGACAAGGACUUCAGGUUCAUGGCCACUAGCGACCUGAUGUCCGAGCUGCAGAAGGACUCCAUCCAGUUGGAUGAAGACAGCGAGCGCAAGGUGGUCAAGAUGCUCCUCCGGCUCCUGGACGACAAGAAUGGGGAGGUGCAGAACCUGGCGGUCAAGUGCCUGGGUCCCCUGGUGGGCAAAGUGAAGGAGUACCAGGUGGAGACCAUUGUGGAUGCCCUGUGUGCCAACCUGCGGUCAGACAAGGAACAGCUCCGAGACAUUGCUGGCAUCGGCCUCAAGACGGUCCUCUCAGAGCUGCCCCCCGCGGCCACAGGCUCUGGGCUGGCCACCAAUGUGUGCAGGAAGAUCACAGGCCAGCUCACCAGCGCCAUCGCCCAGCAGGAAGACGUGGCUGUGCAGCUGGAGGCCCUGGACAUCCUGUCUGACAUGCUGAGCAGGCUGGGCGCGCCGCUGGGCACCUUCCACGCCAGCCUGCUGCACUGUCUGCUGCCCCAGCUGAGCAGCCCGCGCCUGGCCGUGCGCAAACGGGCCGUCGUGGCUCUCGGCCACCUGGCGGCGGCCUGCAGCACCGACCUCUUCGUGGAGCUCGCCGAUCACCUGCUGGACCGGCUGCCCGGCCCGCGCGCCCCCGCCAGCCCAGCCGCCAUCCGCACUCUGAUCCAGUGUUUGGGCAGCGUCGGUCGCCAGGCCGGCCACCGCCUCGGGGCCCACCUGGACCGCCUGGUGCCCCUGGUGGAGGAGUUUUGCAACCUGGAUGACGAUGAGCUCCGAGAGUCCUGCCUCCAAGCCUUUGAGGCCUUCUCGAGGAAGUGUCCCAAGGAGAUGGACCCUCAUGUGGCCAACGUGACCAGCCUCUGCCUCCAGUACCUCAAGCACGAUCCCAACUAUAACUACAACAGCGACGAGGACGAGGAGCAGAUGGAGACCGAGGACAGCGAGUUCAGUGAACAAGAGAGCGAGGACGAAUACAGUGACGACGAUGACAUGAGUUGGAAAGUGCGCCGGGCGGCGGCCAAGUGCAUAGCAGCCUUGAUUGGCUCCAGGCCCGACCUGCUGCCCGAUUUCCUCUGCACCCUGGCGCCCGCUCUCAUCCGCCGCUUCAAGGAGCGGGAGGAGAACGUCAAGGCCGAUGUCUUCGGGGCCUAUAUCGUGAUGCUGCGGCAAACACGGCCCCCCAAGGGGUGGUUGGAGGCUGUCGAGGAGCCCACCCAGACGGGGAGCAAUCUCCACAUGCUGCGAGGACAGGUGCCCCUGGUCAUCAAAGCCCUGCAGCGACAGCUGAAGGACCGCAGCAUCAGGGCCCGGCAGGGCUGCUUCAGCCUUCUGACCGAGCUGGCCGGAGUCCUCCCUGGCAGCCUGGCGGGGUACAUGCCGGUACUGAUGUCAGGCACCGUCUUCUCGAUCGCUGACCGCUCCAGCUCCUCCACCAUCCGGAUGGACGCGCUGGCCUUCCUGCAGGGGCUGCUGGGUACAGAGCCCGCCGAGGCCUUCCACCCGCACCUGCCCACCCUCCUGCCCCCUGUGAUGGCCUGCGUGGCCGACCCUUUCUACAAGAUGGCAGCCGAGGCCCUGCUGGUGCUCCAGGAGCUGGUACGCACCCUGUGGCCCCUGGACAAGCCUCGGAUGCUGGACCCUGAGCCCUAUGUGGGAGAGAUGUCGGCAGCCACCCUGGCACGACUCCGCGCCACCGACCUGGACCAGGAGGUCAAGGAGCGGGCCAUCUCCUGCACGGGCCACCUGGUGGGCCACCUCGGUGACCGUCUUGGGGAUGACCUGGUGCCCACCCUAUUGCUCCUCCUGGACCGCCUGCGGAACGAGAUCACCCGGCUGCCCGCUGUCAAGGCUCUGACCCUGGUGGCCAGGUCCCCAUUGCGCCUGGACAUGCAACCCAUCCUGGCCGAGGCGCUGCCCAUUCUGGCCUCCUUCCUGCGCAAGAACCAGCGGGCACUGCGGCUGGCCACCCUGGCCGCCCUGGACGCCCUGGCGCAGAGUCACGGACUCCACCUCCCGCCCUCUGCCGUGCGCGCGGUGCUGGCCGAGCUGCCCGCGCUGGUCAGCGAGAGUGACAUGCACGUGGCCCAGCUGGCCGUGGACUUCCUGGCCACGGUGACCCAGGCCCAGCCGGCCUCUGUGGCCGAGGUCAGCGGCCCGGUGCUGGCGGAGCUGCUGCGGCUCCUGCGAUCGCCUCUGCUGCCCGCGGGGGUGCUGGUGGCCGCCGAGGGCUUCCUGCAGGCGCUGGUGGGGACGCGGCCACCCUGCGUGGACUACGCAGAGCUCAUCGGCCUGCUCAUCGCGCCCGUUUAUGACCCGGAGGGUGGCGGCGGGCCAGCGCUGGCCAAGCAGGCCUUCCACUCCCUGGCGCGCUGCGUGGCCGCCCUGUCCAGCGCCUGUCCCCAAGAGGCGGCGGCCACCGCCCAUCGCCUGGUGUGCGACGCCCGAUCGCCGCACUCGAGCACGGGGGUCAAGGUGCUGGCCUUCCUGUCGCUGGCAGAAGUGGGCCAGGUGGCCGGGCCGGGUCCCCAGCGGGAGCUGAAGGCGGUGCUGCUGGACGCGCUGGGGUCCCCCAGCGAGGACGUGAGGGCGGCCGCGUCGUACGCGCUGGGCCGAGUGGGCGCGGGCAACCUGCCCGACUUCCUGCCCUUCCUGCUGGCGCAGAUCGAGGCCGAGCCCCGGCGACAGUACCUGCUGCUGCACUCGCUGCGGGAGGCGCUGGGCGCCGCGCAGCCCGACGGCCUGAAGCCCUACGCCGAGGACGUGUGGGCGCUGCUCUUCCAGCGCUGCCCCGACGCCGACGAGGGCACCCGCGGGCUGCUGGCCGAGUGCGUGGGCAGGCUGGUCCUCGUCAACCCCCCGUUCCUGCUGCCCCGCUUCCGCAAGCAGCUCGCCGCAGGUCAGCCACACACCCGAAGCAUGGUCAUCACUGCGGUCAAGUUCCUCAUCUCGGACCAGCCCCAUCCCAUCGACCCCCUCCUGAAGAGCUACAUUGGAGAGUUCAUGGAGAGCCUGCGGGACCCGGAUCUGAACGUCCGCAGGGCCACCCUGGCCUUCUUCAACUCGGCCGUGCACAACAAGCCCUCGCUGGUGCGGGACCUGCUGCAGGACAUCCUGCCCCUCCUCUACCAGGAGACCAAGAUCCGCCGGGACCUGAUCCGAGAGGUGGAGAUGGGGCCCUUUAAGCACACAGUGGACGACGGGCUGGACGUGAGGAAGGCGGCCUUCGAGUGCAUGUACUCGCUGCUCGAGAGCUGCCUGGGCCAGCUGGACAUCUGUGAGUUCCUGAACCACGUGGAGGACGGGCUGAAGGACCACUAUGACAUCCGGAUGCUGACCUUCAUCAUGCUAGCACGGCUGGCCACCCUGUGUCCUGUGCCUGUCCUGCAGAGGGUGGACCGGCUCAUUGAGCCACUGAGGGCCACCUGUACCGCCAAGGUCAAAGCCGGCUCAGUGAAGCAGGAGUUUGAGAAGCAAGACGAGCUGAAGCGCUCCGCCAUGAGGGCCGUGGCCGCCCUGCUGACCAUCCCCGAGGCAGGGAAGAGCCCCGGCAUGGCCGACUUCUCGGCCCAAAUCCGAACCAACCCCGAGCUCACCAUCCUCUUCGAGAGCAUCCAGAAGGAUUCCGCCUCAGCCCCCAGCACGGACUCCAUGGAGCUCAGCUAG